GGCAGAUUAACUCCAAACUAAUUACAUUUAUCGUAAAGAAAGUAAUUUAGAAAUUAUUCAAGUCCUCAUGACGAAUACAAUUAAUGUGCAUAAUAAUACCAUGCACUGAAAUGGUACAUAAAGUGAUACUUUGAUGCAAAUUAAGCCAACAGCUUCAGUGUUCCUGCAACAAUCAUGAAAACCACCUAUAUAUUUUAGCUUGUCAUUACAAUUUAUCAAGCAAAAUUUCCACCAACGUUCUGGAAAAUUUCAGUCUAUUUGUCACCUAGGCUGACAAUAUUGCGGUAAUUUUUAAUUGUGUGGUACUUAGAAGGUUGCGACACUAAUUCGCUUGUCCCACCUCCAUUUUCGGUCUUAGAAAUGUAACGACUGCUCGUGUUUCAUGUUCGUAAUAAUUUUUAGAUAUAUCCAAAACAUGUCACACCCUCCAGUCUCAAUUAUUAAAAUGUUACCAGAAGAUUCAGGGAAUAACUUGUUGGAAAAUCCUGGGGAAAAAGUCACCCAGCGUGUCGUCUUACUUCCGAAACAAAGUACUGGGGGAAACCAACUAGUUUGGCGUGGUGGCUGCUUGCAAAGCAUAUUGAGUGAUGUUUCGUCUCAGAGCAUUCAUCCCAUCUCAGGAAAGCCAGGAAGUGUAGCAGAAAAUUCUCAAAAUACGGCAUUCACUAAAGGUUCUUUCGGAAGUAAACCGUUCUCAUCGUCAACACCUUCCAUAUGGAAUCCAAAUCAACGGUAUGCUGCUAACGAUGCAACUUAUCCGGACACAAAAAAUAGUCUGAAAAGACCUAGAGGUGUCUUAAAUUCUAAUAAUGCAGAAAGUAAUAGUGAAUCAUCUGAUGAAAAAUCAUCUCCCAAGGUUCGCGCAACUAAAUCUCGUGUUCGGACACAAACAAAGCGUUCAGGAAGAAAAAAUGCUGCAAAGCCAGUACAGCCACUUCUUCUAAUCCCACGGUCUUUCCAUCCUCCAGGAAAUUUGUUACUUCCUCCACUUGACCUGAUUUCUAAAUUUGAUGGUUUCGCUUCAUUUGAAACGGACAAGUUGAUAACAAAUAAUAACUCGAGCGGACUGCCAACUAUUAAUGAGGAGAAUAAUGAAGAAGCAACAACAACAACAACAGCUAAUUCUGCGUCUGUAGCAACUGCUGGUCGAAUGAAAAGUAGUGCAGGAAUAAAUGACAUCGAUUUUGAGGAAUUAAAACACUACAGACGUCUGAAUGGUUACUCUUUGUUUGUUCAUGUAAAUAAGAAAAAGUAUGGUUCUUCUCCGGGAGUUGCACUAGUGGAUGAUGUAAACGAUGCUAAUGAUAAUAAUCCAAGUAAUGUGGGUACAGGAAAGGAAAAUCAGAAGUCAUCGAACCAUAGAUGGCAGGCUUUAUGGUUGACAAUGCCAGAGAAAGUUAAACGGGAAUGGAAAAACAAGGCAAAGCGUCUAUUGAAACAAAUUGAACAACACGGAAAACGUGAAACUGUCUCAGAAGAUCGAAAAUUAAAAGAACGUGAUCGUUUGGAAGUUCAGUUGAGUCGUACUCAAACAACAUCUUACUGUCUACUUGAUAUAGCUGCUCACUUCCAGUUACUAAGCGAUCGGUUUGCAGUGUUUGCUAAGAACGUUACUGAUUAUGAGGGACCAGUUGACCCAGUUGGCGUUGAAUCCUUACUUUUCGACGGGGUUUUAACAUGUUUAGUUCCAUUGAUUGCUUUAGCUGGUGAAUUGGAGCCAUUUUCAAAAGUUCCUGACCCCAAGAUUAUAUGCGAUGCUUUAACCAAUCUUACUUUCAUUGCUCCAUUCUAAGCAUAAUAUAUAAACAAUCAAAUCUUGUAAAUAUGGUUGUCUCAGUCAAUCUCAAAUGUUUAAAAAGAUGUAAAUAAAAUUAUAUUUAUACACAUGCGUUAGAGGCUUUUUUUCCCUUUAAUUUUGCCUGUUGUUUUCGUGUAAAUUGCUUUUCUUCGUGACAGCACGACAGAAUAAUUGUUAUUUGCUCUUCUCUUAACCUUCAUGGCAGUUAUUUCAAGGUAGCUGAUCUAAUCCUCCAGGAAUUAAGUUUCUUUUAGUUUAGUUAUCAGUCUGUUACAACGACGGUAGUCUGUCAAGCUGAGCUAUCGCUUCAGAUUCUCUUGUACACGUUAAACUCCUAAAUUUAUCACUUAAAGUGUAUCGAUCCUUUCAAAUACAUUAUUGUACUACUAGCUUAGUUUAUUACGGUGAUGAUUUAUUACGUAACAAUGUAUUUAGUUAUAUGUUUGACUUUUGAGUCGUGUGUCUAUUUCGGUGUAAAAAAAAGUCAAUCUUAAAAGUCGUACAGUGAAUAUAUUAUAAGAACUUUAAUUUAGUGUCCUGUAUUAUUUUAUAAUGUGGGUAAAACACUAACAAUUUUGACUUUACUGUCUAUUUUGAAGUUUUCCGAAGUUUUGUGAGUUCUUCUCUAAAGACUCUUGUUUAUAUUUUGCAUACAGACAUCAUUUACUGUCAGAGUAAGUUCAGUCCUUAGUGAUAUCAUUCAUAAAGGAUGCAUUUAACUGACAAAGCUACUCUAUUUGUGAUGGGGGUGGUUACCAAAGGUGAAAUGAAUGACGAUAAAAUUGGAGCAGCUGAGCUACGAGACUCAUCAUU